AUGCCUUCGACGUCCACUCAACCACAACUGUCCUUGCGUCACGCCACGAUCCCCGCUCUUCACCUCCGCGAUGCGCGCGACGCACACAUAGUCUUUGAGGCUGUCCGCCAGAACGUGCUACCCCUCAUCACGAAGCGUCUCUCCGCCACGGAGCGUGACCAGGUCGAGUCUGGCAACGUGUUUGUCUGGGAGGAGGCCGAGCAUAAGCAAGGCGGAUUAGAGCGGUGGACAGACGGCCGGCGAUGGUCGCAGAGUCGCAUGCGCGGCGACUACCUCUUUUACGAGGAAAAGAUCGAGACAACACCAGAGGAGAAGGCUGCAAAGGCUGCUCGUAGAGCACGCAGAACACUCGACCCAUUCAGCUACCAGCCAACACCCACCCGCCAGGACCGCCCAUCCAAGCCAGACGGGCUCACAAAGCAGACAUACUCGACCCACGUCUACACUAGCCAAGCUGAACCACGUAAGUGGCACAUCGUCGCGUACUUCUCGGGCGAUGACUACACCCGGCUACCGGUUGUUGAGGACUACGACUUCCUACGCAACCUCCGCCUUCCCGAUGGCGUCUUCGCCUCACCACGUGCAACUACCUCAACCCGAAUCGCGCGUCCUCUUGGGCCAGACGCGUCGAACAGCUCAUCGUCAGCACACUGGGGGCGCGAUCCGUGGGGGCUACCCUCUUCUCCGUCAUCACCUAGCGCGAGUCAAGUGUCCUCGCCCAUUGACCGCCCCGAGUCGUCCUCCUCAUCCUCCUCUUCCACCUCGUUAUCCAACUCCUCGACGUCCUCAUCGCUCUCGUCAUCCACCACAGCGUCGACGACAUCGAGCGCAUCGUCAUCACCACCGCACGGAAGCAGUUUUAAGACGCUCCCGCGGCUCUCCAACAUUGUCCCCAUCCAUCCCCUCAGCCCACCAUUGUCGCACCGCGUCUCGGCAGGUGGCUCGGGGAGUUCGAGCAGCGGUGGCGGUUACGCUGCGCUUACGUCGGAAGACCGGAGAGCGCUGAACAGUUUUAGGGUCGUGUUGUGA